CAAAGUUGACUGGAAAGGGACCCUAGCAGGGAUGACGGUGGAACAGCAAUGGCAGGUAUUUCUGGGAAUAAUCCAGAAGAUGCAGGAUCAUUUCAUUCCAAAGAGGAAGAACGAUUCUAUGGGGAGUAAGAGGUGACCGUGGCUGACAAGGGAAGUCAAGGACAGUAUAUAAAAAUAAAAGAGAAGGAGUAUAAUAUUGCAAAGAUGAGCGGGAAGCCAGAGGAUUGGGCACCUUUUAAAGAUCAACAGAAAGCAGGGAAUUAUGGAACAGUUAGCCUGAAGUCGGUGGUGGGGAAGAUGCUGGAGUCGAUUAUUAAAGAUGUAAUAGCGGCGCAUUUGGAUAGCAGUAACAGGAUAGAACCAAGUCAGCAUGGAUUUACAAAGGGGAAAUCGUGCUUGACUAAUCUACUGGAAUUUUUUGAGGAUGUAACAAUUAAAAUGGACAAGGGAGAGCCAGAGGAUGUAGUGUAUCUGGACUUUCAGAAAGCCUUUGAUAAGGUCCCACACGGGUGAAUAGUGGGCAAAAUUAGAGCACAUGGUAUUGGGGGUAGGGUAUUGACAUGGAUAGAAAUUUGGUUGGCAGACAGGAAACAAAGAGUAGGGAUUAACGGAUCCCUUUCAGAAUGGCAGGCAGUGAGUAGUGGGAUGCUGCAAGGCUCGGUGCUGAGACCACAACUAUUUACAAUUAAUGACUUAGAUGAAGGAAUUAAAAGUAACAUUUGCAAAUUUGCAGAUGACACAAAGCUGGGUGGCAGUGUGAACUGUGAAGAGGAUGCUAUGAGGAUGCAGGGUGACUUGGACAGGUUGGGUGAGUGGGCAGAUGCAUGGCCGAUGCAGUAUAAUGUGGAUAAAUGAGGUUAUCCACUUUGGUGGCAAGAACAGGAAAGCAGAUUAAUAUCUGAAUGGUGUCAGGUUAGGAAAAGGGGAAGUACAACUAGACCUGGGUGACUUUGUACAUCAGUCACUGAAAGUAAGCAUGCAGGUACAGCAGGCAGUGAAGAAAGCUAAUGGCAUGUUGGCCUUCAUAACGAGAGGAGUUGAGUAUAGGAGCAAAGAGGUCCUUUUGCAGUUGUACAGGGCCCUGGUAAGACCACACUUGGAGUAUUGUGUGCAGUUUUGGUCUCCUAAUUUGAGGAAGGACAUUUUUACUAUUGAGGGAGUGCAUGAGGUUAAUUCCCAGAUUGGCGGGACUGUCAUAUGAUGAAAGAAUGGAGUAACUGGACUUAUAUUCGCUUGAAUUUAGAAGGAUGAGAAGGGAUCUUAUAGAAACAUAUAAAAUUAUUAAGGGAUUGAACAUGCUAGAUGCAGGAAACAUGUUCCUGAUGUUGGGGGAGUCCAGAUCCAGGGGCCACAGUUUAAGAAUAUGGGGUAGGCAAUUUUGAACUGAGAUGAGGAAAGAUAUUUUCACCCAGAGGGCUGUGAAUUGUGAAAUUCUAUGCCUCAGAAGGCAGUGGAGGCCGAUUCACUGGAUGCAUUCAAAAGAGAGUUAGAUAGAGCUCUUAGGGCUAGCGGAAUCAAGGGAUAUGGGGAGAAAGCAGGAACGGGGUACUGAUUGAGGAUGAUCAGCCAUGAUCAUGUUGAAUGGCGUUGCUGGCUCGAAGGGCCGAAUGGCCUAAUCCUGCACCUAUUGUCUAUGCAUCUAUGUUUUAGUCAACACUGCUGUUCUUCAUAAAAUCCACCAAUUUAGAUUAAAAAUAGUACAAAAUCACCAAUCAAAUAAAGAGUGAAAAUCUUGCUCAAAAUAUCCUCCCAAUUUCCUAAUUUAAAUUGUCGUCUUUUGGAGACAUGUCCUUAAUUUGGUUCUAUGUUAAUGAGGCCAGUAAUUAACAGAACCCGUGGUGAUAGGAAUUUCAAGAUGCAGUUAAUGGCUGUUUAUUAAUCAGUUGGAAUCACUUUGGUUUGCCAAGGCAACAAUACCCAGCUGGAGACAGAUUGGUAGAUCGCAGCCUUUUAGCCUCCUGCAUUUCAGUCGCACCUGUUUGAGUUUGCUGGGUCACAGGAGGGGCUCUGAGGGCUGACAGUCGCACCGUUGCUCCCGUUUCUGCUAUACCUGACGUUCUCCAGCCGAGUCAACAGGAAAUGGGAUCAGCCUCCUCCUCUGGCAAUGUAUCAAAGAUUAUCUACUUGGAGAAAAACAAUGUUUCACGCAAGGUAAUAUCUUCAUUCUGUAGCUUGUUGCUAUCAUUUGAGGGUGAAAAUUGAUUCGGAGGCACAUUUUGUUUAGGUUAUGUUCAGCAGACACUGCAGACCGAGUGAUAUUAAGGAGCUUCUCUGCACAACUGUUGGACUCAACAGAGACACCUUGAUUAUGCUCAUGGAUCAAGAUGAUGCUAUUAUAUCCAUUGACCCAACUAUGCCAUCUAACACACCAAGCUCACCUUACAGAGUGGUUCCUCUCAGCGCUGGACAGCUUGCAGAAGAAGAAGACUUACUGCAGAAUGUUCUGACCCAAGUGGCUGACCAGUUUUCAAGAAUUUUUAAAGUCAAUGACCUGAAAACUGAGAUCUCAAGCAGGUUGGCGGCUUUGGAGAAGAGAGUUGAACUGGAAGGAUUAAAGGUGGUGGAGAUAGAGAAAUGUAAGAAUGAUUUGAAGAUACUUAAAGAUGAACUGUCCUUGGGAAACAGGUCAAACACACCUUGCAAACACACCAUCAUGGAAGACCCAAGGAAGCUGACCCCACAACGUGAUGUCCCCAAGUAUCCUAAGUAUACACUGUCCCAGGAGACCAUCGACGCACUGAAGAAGCCAACGUUUGAUGUGUGGCACUGGGAGUACAAUGAGAUGCUCAGUUGCCUUGAGUACAUGUUCCAUGACCUUGGACUGGUGGAAGAGUUUAACAUGAACCCCAUCAUACUGAAACGUUGGCUGCUCAGCAUUCAGGAGAACUACAGAAACAACCCAUUCCACAACUUCCGACACUGCUUCUGUGUGACUCAGAUGAUGUACGGUAUGAUCCAUCUGUGUGAGUUACAGGAGAGAGUGACUCCAACAGAUCUGGUGAUUUUAAUGACUGGAGCUAUUUGUCAUGAUCUGGAUCACCCUGGCUACAACAAUGCGUAUCAGAUCAACGCCCGCACUGACCUUGCUGUCCGAUACAAUGACAUUUCCCCACUGGAGAAUCAUCACUGUGCUGUCGCCUUCCAGAUUCUUUCCCAGCCCGAAUGUAACAUCUUCGCCAAUGUGAAUCUGGAUGCCUUUAAACAGAUCAGACAGGGAAUUAUUACACUUAUUCUAGCAACUGACAUGGCUCGGCACGGAGAGAUACUGGAUAAGUUCAAGCCAAAGGUUGAAACUUUUGAUUUCUCGAAUGAAGAACAUAAAAUUAGUCUGAAAAUGCUCCUUAUUAAAUGCUGCGAUAUUUCCAAUGAAGUGCGGCCAACAGAGGUGGCAGACCCUUGGGUUGACUGCUUGCUUGAAGAGUACUUCACACAGAGUGACAGAGAGAAAUCUGAAGGUCUCCCAGUUGCCCCAUUCAUGGAUCGGGAUAAGGUCACCAAGCCCACAGCCCAGAUUGGUUUCAUCAAGUUCGUCCUCAUACCAACAUUUGAAACGCUAAUGAAGUUAUUCCCACAGAUUGAAGAAGCUACAGUACAGCCACUGCGAGAUUCCAGGGAUCGUUACGAGGAGCUGAAGCAGAUUGAUGAUGUUAUGAACGAGUUGCGGAAGAAAACUGAAAAUAUUCCCCUUGGAUGGAAGAAGAACUAAAUGUCAUAGUGUACAACCCACAAAUACGGCUUUGGACCCACAGCUUUUGACUUGAAGAAAACGUUGGCUGCCAAUGGUGUAUAAUCUAUCAUGUGGAGUGAAGUUAUGUCAAUCUGCCCUUAACCUCCAUGGACAGUGCAUCAGAGUCUGAUCUCAAGUUGUUUCAGCAAACAGCAUCUAUGUUUUCACUGUUUGAAGCAUGUAAUUACUUUUGCACUGUACAUUUUAGAGCCCUCAUAUCUUUUUAACUGUGCUGACUCGUCAGAUUGUGUUGCUCAAAUUUUUGCUCUCUUUUUUAACACUGGAAACACAUAGUGGAAGAAUUCAAACAACUUUUCCACAAGUUAAAUAUUCAUAACAAAUAGUCCCUUGCCUGGUACUAUAUCUGGUCUUGAAUCUAUCUGGUCCAGUCCCUUUCCCCAAAUCUAACAUACAACAACAGUUAUUCAAACUCCAGGAGAAGACACUGAGUGCUGGAGUAACUCAGCGGGACGGGUAGCAUCUCAGGAGAACAUGGAUAGGCAAUGGUUGGGUCAGGGCCCUUCUUCAACUUUAGAGAUGGUCUGAAAAAGACACAAAAUGCUGCAGUAACUCAGCGGGUCAGGCGGCAUCCCUGGAGAACACGGAUGGGGGACGUUUCGGGACGGGACCCUUGUUCAGUCUGAUUAGGAUUCAGACUCCAGCGAUAAUUUGUUUGACAACACCAUUAAAUGUUUGCAAUGUCUUUCUCAUUUCUGAGAGACAGAAUCACUUGAUAACUUUAAACACAGCAAGUAAAGAGCCCAUUUUCUCUACCACCUGCAUUGAAAACAUAGCACAGUGAAACUAGCUGCUCAACUUCUAAAUAUUACAUUCAUUAAUACACUCCCUAAACCAAUACUUAAUUUAUUGAUAGUUCCUGCAAUUCAAAGAUUUUUGAGCUGAUCGGUACAGAUGGAAUUAAUGUUGAUAUAUUUACAGUAGUUUUGUUUUGAUCUUAGAUAUGACAGGCAUUUGUUCCCAGGACAUUGUUGUAGAAAGUAACACAAUAAAUGAUGUUCUAAAAGCACAAAAUGUCUUGUUCUGAACACAGGCAUCACUAUAAUUCAUACUGCACCUUCUAUAAAACAGACACCCACAUUACAGUCCACUCUCAGCUGAUGUGAGGAAGGGGAGUAAUGGAAAAACCGUUACAGUAAAUCUUGUGAUAACAGACCGCUACAUAGCGGAUUUCGGUUGCAAUGGACCAAGACUCCCCUUGCACCGCACCCCCACUUCCACUAGUUAGCCAGUGCGCUGACGUCAACUUAGCGAGCUUCCAGUUGUGUGAGCGGCGAGAGUGAGCAGCACGAA